AUGACGCGCGCCGUGACGCGGCGGCGCAUCCGCACCUUCCCGUGUCGAUGUCGCGUCUUUCUCCCGUGCGCGCUCGUCAUCGUCGUCACCGCGUUCGCGUCCGGUCGCUCGAAGAGUGCGGGCGCGGAGCGUUGGGUUGACGCGCAGGACGCGCGCGCGUGGAUUACUCCCGACAUCGACGUCAAUCGCGGGAACGACGUCGCGAAGCGCGUCGAUGCGGUGAUAUCAACCGCACCGCGCGUCCCCGAGGUCGGCGUUGCGUCGCCAAAGGCGCGAGGGACGACGGAUGAAGACGCGGACGACGCGAGCGGGACGGAGCGCGCGCGCGGAGAGAGCGGAGCGGAUGACGACGAGUUGUCGAUCCCGAGCGCGUGGACGGCGGGCGAAUGGAGUGGUGUAGAUAGUAAUGCGUGCGUGUCUCCGGGAGCAGACGACGCCGAGCGCGCGUCGGAGGUGGUUCGGGGGACGAAGAGCGCGAAGCUGGACGCGCUCGGACGGGGCGCGGACAGAGAGGGCGGGACGCUCGUCGUGCACGGAGGUGAAAUUAACGAUCGCGUGCGCGCGGCAAAGGCGACGAACGCGAGGUCGGUGGUGGUGUCGGUGACGAGCGAGACGGAGCGACAGGUGUGCGAGGAUGCUGGAGUGCCGUCGCACCUGCCGACGAAACGCUCGUCGGAGAACUCGAGCGGAUGGCUCACGGCUCGAUGGGUUCUCUCAAGAGGUCACGUCGUCGUCUUGGCGUCAUCCGAGGCGAAGUUCGCCUUAAACCCGCUAUUGUCCAUUCACGACGACGGUGCAGAUGUGAGCGGGACGAUCCGUGGUGAUGGAGAUACCAGAGCGCGCGUCGUCGGUAUGAGCGAUCCGGAAAUGGGUUGGUCCGCAUACUCUCAGUCUAUGGCGAUACCGCUCGUCAGGACGACCUUCCUCGUGCUUCGCCCUACGCGUGCGACGGUAUCUCUCGUCGAGUGGAUAUCGAGCGCCAGCCAGGACGAGUUUGACGGAACGGACGACGCGCUCACCGACGAACUUCUCAUGCCAGCUCACGAUGCUCGUCAGCGCGCCGGAGCGUCUUUCCGUUUACUAAAUUCAGAGUGUUUUGGCGGACGUGGAACCGUAGUCAAGGUUCCAGAUGGCGCCACGUCAUGGGAUGGGAUAAGCGCGCACCAGGACGCCAUCAUCAAGGCGACGCCUGAAUUUAAAACGGCGAAGGAUCAUGUGCGUCGCGACGAGAAAUGCGGCAUCGCUAAGCAAGCAGAGCGAGUGGGACCGAAACCACGACCGUUGCGCUUCAUCGCGGAUCCGGACGGGAUGUAUCCGGUUGGUUGCGACGAGUUAUCAGAAUUGUGUCAGGUGGUGAAGAAAGUGGCGAAGAAUCGCGAGAUUCUGGCGGCGGUGAGCAACAAGAAUAUUUUUUACAUGCUUGGGCUGUACAUCGAUGGGUUGAAGCGGACUAACAUCACAAAUUACGUCAUAGUCGCCCUGGAUAAAGAAACCGCAGACUGGUGCAAAGAACGAGACGUACCGUAUUACCAUAGGGAGCUUAAGUCCAUCACGGGUUCGACGGACAAUCAUGCGACUUCGGGGUUGAAGUUUCGCAUACUCAAUGAGUUCAUCUCCACUGGCACCUCCGUUUUACUUUCCGACGUGGACAUCGUUUGGAUGCAGGACCCGUUCGCUUCUGGGACAGGAGGGACCAACGAGCGUAUGAUUUAUAGAGAUGCAGAUGUCGAGGGUAUGACUGAUGGCUGGGAUGAUCUUUCGUCGUACGGAUGGGCUUGGAACGGUAUGAGGCGCCUCGUCGCGAGGAAUAGCGGUCUGUUUUACGUGUCGGCAACGCGGGAGACAAAAGUCAUGAUGACGAGGCUCGCGGAGCGCAUGGCCACGGAGGCCAAAACAUGGGAUCAGACGGCAUAUAACGAAGAGCAAGUGUACCUCUGGGGUCAGUCGAAUCAUAAGGUGUACUCGGGCACGAGUCAACGCGUGAUGAACUACGUCUGCUUCCAAAAUUCGAAGUACAUGUUCCGUUACAUGCGAUAUGACGAGGAACUUUAUCCCUUACACAGGCCGGCGAGCGUGCACAUUAACUACCAUCCGGAGAAGCCUGAUCGUAUGGUUUCCGUCAUCGCGCAGUAUUGGAAGGGCACCGCGGGUGCGAUUGAUGUAUGGAACUGGGGAGAGGGUCGUUCAGAUUUGGACAAGUGCAAGAAGCGCCCGCAGGACAACGGCAUCGAAAAGUCACAACUCGCCCAAUCAAUUUUGAAGAGGAUGGAAAAUGGAAUCGGUCACUGGGGUGGUGUUGAGGGAUUAAAGCUCCGCGCUGAUGGGACGCUGACGACGCCUUGGGGUGAAGGCAAGUGGGGCGUUCAUCCGAGCGAGCAAAGCGUGAUUUACGUGGACUUCAUCAACACGCCGCACUUACUCACCUACGUCGGCGACAACGAAAAACAACAGAUGAAGUUCAGAUCCAAGCGAUGCUCGGAUGGAGACGAGGUAGACGUUCGACUGUGA